AUGGCUGGAACAGGUGGACCUCGUCCUGUUCUCGUGGCGGCCUUGAAGGUCCUGUCAGAGGCCUCCGAGGAAGCUAUCAUGGAUUCCCUUGCGGAAUUCCGUGUUAGCCACCGAGCCAGGCUUGCUGCCCUGUUCGGACAAAGCGUGGCAGAGGGGUUGGGUGCGUACCGCCUCCAGUUAGAACAGGCUACGUACGACCCCGCCGUGCUAGCUUCUGCUCUCUUUGGUGAACUACCUGACGAUGGCCCUCUUCGUGAUGAUCUACCCUCUUGGUCUGAGGACCCCCAUGCUGCCGAUGCCCGUCAGGAUGCAGCAGAGGAGGAGUUGAGUGGGGCCCAGGUCACGCAGACUACACCCGACGACUACGUGGACACGAUCCCGUCCGAGGUCUACGGCUACCCCUCGGACGAGCCCCAGGCCGCAUGUGCGGCCGACACAGGUGGAGUGUUCGGUGGAGUUGCAGCAGUGCCGGCCCCGUCAGCUGAGUUUGGUGGUAAGCAGGCCGGGCAGAACAAGGCGCCACCUCCCCCGCUACCGGUGGAGGCUGCGGCGCCGUCGGCCUCUGGUUCGGGCCAGACUCCUCCCAAGGCGAACUUGGCGACGACAGCGGGCACGGCAGACCCCGUCAGCAAGAAGAACACGCAGAAGCGCCCGCCAGCCUUCCCGCCAGCUACCUCUACGGCUGCCUCGUCGACACCAAGCAAGCCCCCUGGACAACCUGUUCGUGAGACCCAAAAGGAAGUGCAGUUCCCGUUCGAGGAGCAGAGGUACUGGGCCGAGGACCCCAGCUCUUCAGGACCGCCGCAGCAGAAGCGUAAGCCUUCUGCCUUUCUGCCAACCUGUCAGGCCCCUCGCGAGAGUCGCUGGCUGACUUGGACCCGCUUGUCCGCGAAGAGAGGUUUUCCCAACCUCCCGGUCACAAGGGAGUCCUUGUUCGCAAUCGGAGCUUUGUUAAAAGCCGGUGGGUAUCGCUCGUCAGCCCAGUACGUGUCAGUGGCGAAGCAAAAACACCGCGAGGCCGGCUUCACUUGGGGACCCGACCUUGAUGAAGCCAGGGCUCAGUGCCUCAGGAGCGUCAACAGAGGCCUCGGACCAGCCACCCCCAAGCUGGACCUUCGCAUUGAGAAUGCAAACGAUAGGUUUGCUUCCCUUCUCCAGCAAGCAUACCUGGAACUCAAGGUGUCGUUUGACGAUCGGAUCCAGUUCGCGGCCCAGGCGUGCAUCGCUGCAUGCUGGUUCAUGUUGCGAGGCAUUGAGCUGGCCAACGUACAGGCUCGAGACGUUGUGUUCAACCGCCAGGCAGGGUGUCGUGACACCACCCCACCAGAGCUGUUCGGUACAGCCUUUCAGAAAUGCAGCGUUGCAUCCAAGUUCCAGGUGAUCAUGUUAGCGAGGGCCUGCGCCUUCAUUUUGCAGCAGGACUCCAUCAAGUUAGCAGUGGAGAAGGCACUACAGGGUACUCAGCUUCUAGUGCACAACCCGAGGGACGUAGAGUCGGGGACUGAUUCCGAGGGAUCAGAGGAGCCCCAUGACGCAGCCAGAGUCGAGAUCAACGGCUCGACCGUUAAGAAAUCCGACGAUGAGCGCCUCAUACUCGAGGCUGCUACCAAGAACUACUGGUCAGAGUACGUGAAGGAGUUCGAGUCGGUCACCUUGUUAGGCACCUUUACUAAGGCUUUCCGUCAGGUACCCGAACCUCAGAAACUCGUCACCAUGCUGGAUGCGAUCGAGGCCAUCAAAUGGGCGCUCAUGUUCGCCCGUUGGUGUGACGAGCACGACGUUAGGGCGUUUUUCGACAAGGCCUUUUUGCACGUAACCUUGCAGAUGCGCGCCAGCAAGUCUUUCAGUGAAGCAUCCGCCGAGGUGAGGACCAAGGGCGACUUCGGACAGAAAGGCGAUCACAAAGGAAGGGCAGAAGACACAACCCACUCCGCCCAAUCCUCAGCCUCAAGUGUCAGGUUUGUCCGACUCGUCAGGCCCUACGACCCCGGCAAGGACUUGUCCAGCAGGCCUACCCUCACCUCUGCUUCCACCCAGUCAGCCACUCUGGACUUGGCCAACACUCCAACCUUGCGCGACCCCUCACCCGCACCACGUUCCUGGCUCUACGUGAAUUGGGCAUACACCCAGUUCUCCUUUGGUCUUGGGUUGCAACUCUUCUACACUCGCAGUGUCAGGAACUCGCCACCAGGUUUACAAGGUCAAGAAGGCUGCAAAUUCCGCCAGUGGUGUCAGUGGCUUUCUACCUUUCGGAAAGCCUUGCAGCGUCAACACGUUUUCUUGGUUGAGAACGUGCUCCCUUCAGCCGAAGUUCACCGUGAACUAGACAAGUUAGUCGGUCACAACUCGUUCGUGGUCGACGCAGCCUCCUGGGGGGUCGUGUCCCGGCCCAGACUUUGGUGGUCGAACGUUUUGUCACCACCUGCGCUAGACUGUGCCCAACCACCAGUAGUCCUCGCAGGACUCGCUCGCUGGAGGCGCUACAACCGUUGCUGGCAGUUGGUACCUAGCUCUAACUUGUUUCCACGUCAGAACGCAGCCGAGUGCCCGACAGCAGUCUUUCACCCAGACGUGGUGGCCGGCCGGUCAGUUUUUCCUUGCCUGACAACGCCAGCCCCGUCAGAAAAAGGCAGGGACCCACCACAGAAGCGCAGACGUACUGAAAGCCCUGAGACUUUGCGUCGGUGGGCCGCGGCGUCCCGUCAGUACCCGCCCUACCAGUACCGCACUCGAGCCUUGGUGACUAUCCAAGGUCGCAUCACAACACCCGAUGCCGAGACACGUGAGACAGCCAGUCAGCUCAAAGGACAGGUGCAGGAUGUUAGGUCCGGCAUCCAGUGGGACCCGCGCGAGGCUGAACCACUGCAGUUGGUAGGACCCACGGAGAACCCGUUCGAGCACUGGGCAUUGAAGGACCUGCAAGACGAACAAGAAGCAUGGCUGCAGUCAGCACCAGACCACGUUCGUCUCGUUUACAAGCAGGGAGGAGAUCAGUUCGUUUUACAACCCUUAGUGGUCUUACACCUCUUGCGACUGUUCGAGUUCCCAGGGCUUCAAGACCUUGCUGACGAGCUCCAGUUCGGUUUUAAGGUUCUAGGACCCCUGCCCCCAGGAACUCACUGGGACGUUCGCCAAGACGCUAAGUACAGCAGGCCUCUGACAAAAUCCCAGUUCACAUCCGUGAACGACGGCGAACACAAGAAUGCCCUUGCCCAGGAGCAGGGAGGUUCUGAGCAUACCCCUGCCAUGCUUGCAGAGAUUGACAAAGAGAUGUUGAAGACAAGGUUCAAGGGCCCGUUCGUGCCCGACACAGUGGCAGAGUCCCCAGCAGCCUUCGGUUCCCGAGCCUUCCCGGUAGUCCAACAAGACAAGGUCCGCCGAGCAGAUGAUUGGCGCCGGUCAGGACACAACAGCACAGUAUUUGUCCUCGACUCGCAGCCUUAUGCGGGUACACAAACGGUCCUCACGUCAGUGCAAGCAGCGGCCGAUUUCGGUCAGCCAGUUUUAGCAGCUCUUGACCAUGAUGGAGCUUAUAGGGCACUCCCAGUUAGGGAUCCCGACGAAUGCUUCGUUUUCGUCCCGUCAGAGAAAGGACCAGAGGUUUAUCAACACCUCGUCCUUCCUUUCGGAGGGACAGGCAGCGUCUGGGCUUACUUGAGAAUCGCCGAUGUUAUUUGCCUGAUCACGUUAGUCUUGGCAUACAUCCCAGCAUCUCAUUUUGUAGACGAUUUCUACUUCAGUGAGCCUGACAAAACUGCUGACUCCGCUUUCGAGUGCUUUUGCCUUUUGCAGUCCCUGUUAGGCUUCACCAUGAAAGAAAGCAAAGCCCAGAAACCUUGUUCCAAGUCCACCCUGUUAGGGGUCCUCUGGGAGAUCCUUCAGCAGACUGUUGCAGCAGGACCCAGUCAGGGGCGACUAGAGAAACUCCAGUCACUUCUUGAGAAAAUCCUGUCAGACGACAGCCUGACACGUGAAGAAGCCGCUCACCUGGCAGGUAAACUCAACUUUGUUUGCUCUUGGGUCUUUGGCGGAGCCGGCAAGGCACUGCUAAAGUGCAUUUACACACGUCAGCACUCGCCUUUCCCACAGAAGAAGCUUAACGAACCCCUCUCAGCUGCCCUAAGAAAUCUCCUAGCUCUCCUACCUUCCCUGAAGCCCCGUGAGUUCCCGUUGCAAAGAGGAGUAAACACCUCACGUCCGCAUGUCCUGUACGCGGACGCCUUUGUGACACUGGCAGGAUGCUUCCAGUCAGCCGCCAAGUGGUUGAAACAGACCACUCCCUUGCAAGUUUUGAGAGGCUCCGUGAACGGACUCGGUGCAGUCUUGUUCGCCAACUCAGGACAGAAGUGGGCUUACAGAGCCACGGUUCCCAGACACCUGUUAGCACGAGCUGCCUCCACUAAGGCCUUCAUCUUUUGGUUGGAGGCGAUAGGACAGAUCGUCAGCAUAGCAGCAGCAGCCAGGGUCCUGUCCGGGGACGUGCUGUGCUUCGUCGACAACGUGGCCAGUGAGCACGCCCUGAAGAAGGGCUACUCCAAGGACCCCCUUUUGACCAACUUGUUAGGCGAGUGGGAGAUCAGUGACUCGUUAGGCUGCUCUCGACUGUACCCAGACUUCGACAACAUCUGGGAUCUCCUGUUCGAGAUGACCAAGCGACCUGUGGACCCCAAGUCAGACCUGUUCGGAGAGAUGGUCAACCUCCUGGCCUU